AUGUCAAUACCAAGAAGAAUAACAAAAGAAACACAAAACCUUGCUAAUGAACCACCACCAGGAAUAAUUGCUGUACCAGUUCCUGAAAAUUACAGACACUUUAAAAUUUUAAUAAAUGGCCCAGAAGGAACUCCUUAUGAAGGUGGUACAUAUAAAUUAGAACUUUUUUUACCUGAGCAAUAUCCAAUGGAACCACCAAAAGUUCGUUUCUUGACAAAAAUAUAUCACCCAAAUAUUGAUAAAUUAGGAAGAAUAUGUUUAGAUAUAUUAAAAGAUAAGUGGAGUCCUGCUCUACAAAUAAGAACUGUAUUGUUGAGUAUUCAGGCGUUGUUAUCUUCUCCUGAACCUGAUGAUCCAUUAGAUUCAAAAGUAGCUGAACAUUUCAAACAAGACAAAAAUGACGCAGAAAAUGUAGCUAAACAAUGGAAUAAAAUAUAUGCAAAUAAUACUGUUUUGUAA